CAUUUGAUUGGCUUAGCUUUUCACUUCAAACUCGACGGCGGAAGUUUGGAACAGAAGCAGAUUUUAGAAGAUUUUAACUGGUAAACUAGUAAGAUUGUACCGAGAAAAACACUGAUAUGUAUCUGAUGCUACUAUUCUGAGAAUGUAGGCUACACUCUUAUCUACACACAAAUUCGACAUAAACCAGAGCUGAACUGGUAAUAAAAAUCAGUGCCAGCUGUUAGCUUUCAGUUGCAAGCCUGUUUGCUAGUAUCACGCCUAGAAACGGCUUAGGGUCACCCCAUUGCGUUAGCUAGCUACCACGGUGGGAACAAAUCCGAUUCGCUAUCUAGCUAACUAAACUUAAAUCAGACUUAAACUCGUUGUUAACAUCGCUCUGCCGAUAUUUUGAUUAAUUAUAUUUUUCGCCGAAUAAUAUAUUAUAGCUAGUAUAGUAUAUAAUAGUAUAGUAUAGCUAGUGCCAGCAAUUUAACAUAAGGACCAGCUGGCUAAGUAGAUUACUCGGCUAGCUAGCAUCAGGUAAGUGAUAAUUAGGCUUGCUUAUACAUAAUUGCAUCCCAGCCUCCCACAGACGCUGGAAUGACGACAGAGGCGAAUUAUUUUCGAGAAGAAGCCAAGAGGCUCAAGUACCAGGAUGGACAUCAGGCCGAACCCAUGUCUUCUGCACAGGGAGUGACCGCAAGGGCAUCUGAUUCACCGGCCCUCUGGCUCUCUGAUAAAAGCAUUCUGACUCCUCUGGUAGCAGAAUAUGAUAAACAUAAUGAAGACAUGAAUGAGCUACUGCAGCGGUAUCAGAUUCAGAUUGCUGAGCUGAAAGUGAAGCUUGAGGAAGUUGUCAGAGAGAAUGAGCGGCUACACUCUGAGCUGAGAGAGUCCAUCGAGCGGCAGCUCCAUGGGCUCCCCGCCGCAACGGGAUUGGACAGGGACUCUGUGACGGACGACGGGCUGGUUAAGAAUCUGCAGGAGCAGAUCCAGCUCUCUCUCCAGGAGAAGGAUCGAGCCAUGGAGAUGUGGCGUUCCUCUGCAGAAGAGCUGUAUCGGAUGCAGCAGAUCUAUCAGAAGACCACGUCCGAUGCGCACAUCUAUAUGACUGAACAGCAGCAGAUGAAGAACAAACUAACCAGCAUCCAGCAAGCCGCCCAGCAUCUCCAAGCGGCCAAUGAAACGUUGGAGUCGACCAAUCAGGAGUUUCUGAAGACGGUGACAGAGCAGAGCAUGGAGAUGGAGGAUCUCCGCACCCACCUGAGACAGGCGAAAAUGGACUUGAGAACGGCCACAGCCAAAGUGGAGGAAAUGACAAAACUCAUGCAGAGCAUGCAGGACCAGAUGCAGAGAUGGGAGGAUAAUGCAUUAGAGGCCCAGGGGAGAGAGGAGGCCUCUGACCGGAAGCUCCAUCAGCUGCAUUCGGCCCUCAGCCAGCUGGACAGCAGGAUGAAGGUGGCCACCCAGGAGACAGAGAAGGUGCGCAGGGAGCAGAGUGCGUGGGAGAGGCAGGUGGGAGAGCUGCAGGGCCGUAGCUCCAGCCUGGAGGAGGAGAAGUACGAGGCCCUGAGCAGAGUGCGUGACAGCAUCCAGGCAGCCGAGGAGGCGGCUCUGCAGAAGGACCAGGCCCUUCUGAGGGAGAAGCAGAAGAGUGAGGAACUGGAGAAGCUAAAGGAGGCCAUUAAGCAGCUGAUUCAGGAGGCUGCCAUUCGGACCAGGAAAGAGGUUGAAAAUGUGCGAAAACAGUGCAACAUCCAGAUACAGAGAAUGGCAGAGGAGCUCGCUGCUCUACAGCUGGAGUGUGCUGACAAGGAGACGCAAAUAGAGAGGGCGUCACGGGAAAGAAAAGCCGUGGAAGAAGAACUAGAAAAGGUGUACAGGGAAGGCCGGGGAGGAGAGCCGGAGUACCGGAAGAUCGACUCGCUCCACCAGAGGUGCCUGAAUGCUGAGCGGCUAAAGGACGAGCUCCACAUCACGCUGCAGAGCACCCAGAACAGGAUGAAGAAACAGGAGAUGGAGUAUGAGGAGGAGCUGUCGCGCUGCCAGGAGGAGGUGCGGCGACUGCAGGGUGCGCUGGCGGGAGCGCGGGACGACUGCGGCAGCGUGAGCGAGGAGCGGCUGCGUCUGCAGGAGGAGGGCACGCAUUUGCGCAAGGAGAUGGAGGAGCUGCGCAAGGCCAGCCAGCACGCGCAGAGGAAGGCCAAGCAGCAGGUCUCCUCCAUGGAGCACGAGUUCUCCCUGAAGGAGCGGGGCAUGGAGGCGCGGGUCCGGGAGCUGGAGGAGAGCAGUCGCAACUCCACAGCAGAGCUCACCCGCCUGCUGACGGCCCAGCAGAAGACCACCAAGCGCUGGCGGGAGGAGGCGCGCAAGCUGGCCGAAGCCUUCGAGCUGAAGCUGGGCAGCAUGAAGUCUGAGCUGGUGAGGCAGAAGCAGCGCUCUCAGGAACUGGAGGCACAGCUGGAGGGAGAUCAUGAAAAGAUUGUGGAGUACGAGAGACAAAUGGCAGAGCACCAGGAGAAGAACCUCCGCCUACAAAGACGGUUGAGCCAGGCAGAACAGAAGGCUUCCGCUGCAUCGCAGCAGCUCAGCAUAAUGACGUCACAGAGGAGGAAAGCAGCUUCCAUGCUGGACCUGGAGACUCUGUAACCUUGGCAACUCCGAUAUUGUCCAUGUAUACAGUGCAAUCAUUUCUCAUUGUUACAACAUUUUUUCUAAUAAAGAAUGUCGCCUUUCCGCAAGGGCAAUUUAUCAUUAGACAUAUAAAAUGUCCUUAAAGGUGGCGUCACUACAAACA